AUCAUUUUGGUCGUAGGCGGCAACGACAACAACAGAAGAGGAAGCGUAGGGAGCAAGAUGGGAGUGCACGGUCUCUGGGAACUUUUGGCCCCUGUCGGUCGCCGUGUGUCUGUCGAGACUCUUGCCGGAAAACGACUCGCCAUAGAUGCGAGUAUAUGGAUGAUACAGUUCAUGAAGGCAAUGCGAGACGAGAAAGGAGAGAUGGUGAGGAACGGUCACCUGUUAGGGUUCUUCCGACGCAUAUGCAAGCUCCUCUUCCUACGCACUAAGCCCGUUUUCGUUUUCGACGGCGGCACCCCUGCCCUCAAGCGCCGCACCGUUGUCGCUCGUCGCCGGCAGCGAGAAAAUGCUCAGGCCAAGAUUCGGAAAACUGCCGAGAAAUUGCUCCUCAAUCACCUUAAGGCAAUGAGGUUAAAAGAAUUGGCUAAGGAUUUGGAGAAUCAGCGGCUGAACAACAAUGAUAAGGGGAAAAAGGUUUUAUCAUAUCAAACGGAAACGGCUGGAGAGGUUUCUGAAGGAAAUAGUUCAGUAUCCGGGACUUACAAUCAGGAAAAGCUAGAUGAAAUGUUGGCAGCAUCCCUUGCGGCAGAGGAAGAUGGGAAUUUUGUAGGAGAUGCAGGGAUUUCUAAUGAAGAAGAUGAUGAUGAUGAUGAAGAUGAAGAGAUGAUGCUUCCAAUUAUGAAUGGAAAAGUCGAUCCAGCUGUAUUAGCUGCAUUGCCUCCAUCAAUGCAGCUUGAUCUUCUUGUGCAGAUGAGAGAGAAAUUGAUGGCAGAAAACAGACAAAAAUAUCAAAAAGUGAAAAAGGCCCCCGCAGAAUUUUCAGAGUUACAAAUACAGGCUUAUCUUAAAACCGUUGCUUUCCGUCGGGAGAUAGAUGAAGUGCAGAAAUCUGCUGCUGGGAGGGGGGUAGGUGGUGUGCAGACUUCACGGAUAGCCUCUGAAGCCAAUAGAGAAUAUAUUUUCUCCUCAUCAUUUACUGGUGAUAAAGAAGCACUUACAAAUGGUGGAGUAGAGAAAAAUGGAGAUAAGCAAUAUCAGAUACCAACAGAGUGUCCUCCAGAUUCCCCAAAUAAUGUUGCAUCUACCAGUAAGUCCAAUACUGCCGCAGAAUCAGUUGCAGGUGAACCUGCAAGUGUUUUUAAUGAUGAUGUUGAGACAUACCUGGAUGAGCGGGGGCGUGUCCGAGUUAGUAGGGUAAGAGCUAUGGGAAUUCGUAUGACCCGAGAUCUACAAAGGAAUUUGGAUUUGAUGAAAGAGAUUGAGCAGGAUAGAACUAAUGAGGAUAAUAACGGAAUUGUUACAUUAAACAAAACAAAUGAGCAGUCUAUCCCUGACAAUGGGGCUUCUAUAGAGAUAUCCUUCGAAGAUGAUGGUGAGCACAACUGUUUAAAUGGUGAUGACGAAUUAUUUGCUAGUUUGGUAGCAGGAAAUCCAGUGAUAAUUUCUUCUUCUGAUGCUGCUCUCUCAAACAGACGACCAGCUGAUUCUGCUUCAGAUUCUGACUGGGAGGAGGGAAUCAUUGAAGAGAAAGGUGGUAGCUGUAUUGACAAUGUUGGAGUGGAAAUUAAACCAUCUGUUAUGGAAGAAAGAGUUAGUGAUGAUAGUGAAGUGGAAUGGGAGGAAGGACCUUGUGAUGUUUCAAAAAAUGUGUCAGCAUGCCCAUCUAAGUUUGGAAAUCCUGCUUCCAAAGGAAGAUUGGAAGAAGAAACUGAUCUCCAGGAAGCAAUAAGGAGAAGUCUUGAAGAUUUAGGUGGUGAGAAAGCUGUUGGUGAAUCAUUUAAAGAUUCGGAUAUUAAGGAAUAUGAUGAAAAGGUUCAUGAAGUUAAAGAUGAUGCAUUUCAUAAAAAAAAUGAUAAGGCUGAACAAGAUUUUCCAUUGGAAAAUUUACCAGAGCAAAAUGGAUCAUUUUGUAAAAUUGUGGAUGUAGUUGAGAAACUUGAUAGUGUGGAUGGAAUGAACACCUCACAGAGCAUUGAUGCAUCAGGGAGACAGUUGACAUCAUUGCUGGAAGACAAUCCUCAUAAGAUGGAAGUACUGAAUAAUGAACUGUGUGAAGAAUACCAGAAAGAUGUUGGUGAAAGUGGAAAUGUGGGAAGAGAAACAAAUGAGGUCUAUAUGAUUAGGGAGCAGCUCUCUCAUGCCUCAAAGAAGAGUGUUGAUACAUCUACUUUGGCUAACAGUUGUUCGGGAGAUGGUUCACAUAUUUCUGAUGCAAUGUUGGGUAACAUGCCUGACGCCACUCCUGCUGAUUCAAGCAAGUAUGAUUCUGAAGCUGCACCAACAUGGCAUUCAAAUGAGACAACUGACCCUGCCAUUCCUCCAGGAGAAACUUGUAUAAAAGGAAAAACUGCUGUUGAGCAAAAAUUGGCUGAAGGAAAUAAUCAUGUUAAUUUUUUCAUGGAAAAAGAGCGGAACAUGGGUAAUUCUGUAACUGAGGACAAAAAAAAUGUUCAGUUUGGAGUUACUGAGGAUGUUUUGGAGGAAAUGAUGAUCCUUGAUCAGGAAUGCUUAAAUUUGGGAGAUGAACAGAGGAAGCUUGAAAGAAAUGCUGAUUGUGUCAGCAGUGAGAUGUUUGCAGAGUGCCAGGAACUUCUCCAAAUGUUUGGCUUACCAUAUAUUAUUGCACCUAUGGAAGCUGAAGCUCAAUGUGCUUAUAUGGAACUUGCAAACCUUGUUGAUGGAGUUGUAACAGAUGAUUCAGAUGUAUUCUUGUUUGGAGCACGAAGUGUUUACAAGAAUAUAUUUGACGAACGCAAAUAUGUUGAGACCUAUUUUAUGAAGGACAUUGAGACUGAGCUUGGAUUAAAUAGAGAAAAAGUAAUUCGCAUGGCACUCCUUCUUGGGAGUGAUUAUACUGAGGGUGUUAGUGGAAUUGGCAUUGUUAAUGCUAUUGAAGUUUUAAAUUCUUUUCCUGAGGAGGACGGUCUUCAUAAGUUCCGGGAGUGGGUUGAAUCACCAGAUCCAAACAUCCUAGGAAAGGUUAAUGUUGAAACUGGAUCCAGUUCAAGGAAACGAGGAUCCAAGGUUGGAAGUGGCGACCAGAGUCACUCAAAAAACAAUAUGGAUGCAUUUGAUGAAAAUGUUUCCCAAAACGAGCACAAUGAGUCUGUUGAUGACAUUCAAUCUGGAAAGCAGAUCUUCAUGGAUAAGCACAGAAAUGUGAGCAAGAACUGGCACAUUCCUUCUUCUUUUCCAAGUGAAACAGUUAUCUCUGCAUAUGCCUCUCCCCAAGUGGACCAGUCAACAGAGCCUUUCUCGUGGGGAAAACCAGAUCUUUUUGUUCUUCGCAAAUUGUGUUUGGAAAAGUUUGGUUGGGGUAACCAGAAGGCUGAUGAGUUGCUACUACCUGUUUUGAAAGAGUACAACAAACAUGAGACUCAAUUGCGGUUGGAAGCAUUUUACACUUUCAAUGAGAGAUUUGCCAAAAUUCGUAGUAAGAGAAUCAAAAAGGCUGUUAAAGGAAUUACCGGGAGUCAAACCUCAGAGUUGUUGGAUGAUGCUGUGCAAGAAGGUUCUAAACGUGGAAAGAGAAGCAAAGAGAGUCCUAGUAAACUUGACAACAAACAAGAAAUUCCUAUAAAUGAAAUAGGGAGUACUGCUGCUAGAAAUGGGAGCAAUGCUACAGCAAAAACAACUCCAAAGCAGUCAAGAAGAAGAAGGAUCCGUAAGCCUGUUCCAUCUGAUGGAGAGAGUGCAGAACCUCCUGUGCAGGCAGGACAGAAGCAAUGCAACGAUACAGGAUCAAGCAAGAAUGGAAGAGGUAAAGGAAGAAAGAAAGGCCGGGGAGUCAGAAGGGGAAGAGGAAGAAGUAGGAUACAAGAAAAUCCUGGCUCUGAAAUUAGUGGAACCAGCUCCAGUGACUGUAACAGUGGCAAUGAGGAGGAAGUUCCAGCUCAAAAGUUGGACGGGUCAAAUGAAGUGCGAAGGUCAAAACGUCCUCGGAAGGCUGUGAAUUAUGCUAAUGAUGACUUAGAAAUUGAUGACGAGGGCAAGUCAUUAGACCAAGGCAACCAAAAGUGCACCAAUGAGGAGGCAGUGGAGCUUGAGCCAUCUAGAGAUCAGAUUAUAUGUGGAGAUGCUGCUGCUGAUUUCAGUGGAAAGAACCAACAAAAAGCUGAAGAUUCUUCACCUGGAGAAGACUUGUGUGGAGACUACCCAGAAACAGAAGGUGUCAUGUGCAUGGAUGAAAAUGAAAUAGGUCAGUUAGAUUCAAGAGAUGAUGAUCCCACUUUUGCGGAUGAAUUUUCUGAAGAUUACCUUAAAAUGGGAGGUGGAUUUUGUGUGGAAGAAGAUGAGAAAGAUAAGGACCACAAUGCUCGCACAUAUGACCCAGCUAAAGCAGACACCAUCUAUGAAAAUCCUGAUCCUGAAUCUGAACUCGCUAUUCAUCCAGCUGAAUCAGUCUCAAGCCUGCAAAAUACUGCAGGGGGAUUUCAAUCUGAACCAACAUGUCAACCUGAUACUGAACUGAAUCUGGACUGUCCAAAUGCAACAAUUGGGCUGUCUAUGCCGGAGAACACGGGAGACGACACUGGAACAAACACUGUAAAAGCUCUUCGUGCUAUGCCUUUCUUAAGAAAAAAGCGAAGGUUGAGUUGAAAAUAUUUAGUUUUCUGAAGUAGUAUAUAUGUUUUCUUCCUGCCACGCUGAGUAGUGAUAUUUACCCAAUGAUAUAGAAAGCUUAGAGAGUGGCUGUUUGUUUUC